UAGAUAUAUAUAGGGGGGUGGAUGUUGGUAGGGGCACGUUUGUAUAUGUGCGGCUGAAUAAAGGGGGUUGUGACGUAAUACAACAGCAAGAUAGGUCAUAAGUGAUACAGUGACGUAACAAUAUACAUUGUUUCCGCAGAAUGAAGAAUCCAGAAUCUUAUUUUCUGUGUUUUUUAAAUUUCUUGCUGACGUCAUCAGCAUUUACGCCAGCUUGCAAGGAAGGAUUAUGUCGUCACAAUGCAACUUGUGUGGAACGUCCGUACGCGAUGGGGGGAUUCUACUGCGCAUGCGCACAAGAUUACCACGGACGGUUCUGCGACAACAAAUUACCUCACGUCCGGUGUUUGAGGGAUCGGAUAGUGUUGGUGGUGGGGAAGUCCCUGGUGCGAGAAGAAGCUGGGACGGUUGACCGGAAGUUGGUUUACGUAGGUCGCGGUCGACGCGAUGAGGCGCGAUGUUGGUCACGUGACGUAGGAGAUGAACUCGUGGUGACCUUGAAUAUAUUCUCCAACUGUGGAACAAAUAUUAAAAAGAGAGGAAGAAACUUUGUUUAUAAAAACCGACUCUUCCUUGAUACGUCAUCGAAUACGUCAUCUAGUACGUCAUCACCUGAUAAUUUGGUUCUGCUUGAUUGGUCAUGCGUGUACCCGCGUAAUUACGUCACCUCUCUCCGACAAUCAAUAUCGCCAGCCAUUAACCAACCGGAACGUCAGGUCGCCUACGGUAAAUUCAUCAUCGAUUUGAAAAUGUUUCCGACCCUUGACCUUUCACCUCUAUCUGACCUUCGACCCCCAGCCACCCUGGUUACCGGGCAACGUGUCUACGCACAGGUGCAGUUGAUGACGUCACAAAAAGACCUCACCGUGACGUAUAAGAGUUGCAUAGCAACGAGUGCGGCCGAUACAACGGGAGCCGAGUUCACCCACGUACUGGUUGAUAGAGGAUGUCCCAGCGAGCUGGACCCGACAGUGAAUAUGGACCAAUCAUCGCCCAGCAACAAAUCGUUGUUUUCGUUCCAGAUAUUCUCGUGGUCACGUGAUCUACCAGUGUACUUGCAUUGUGUGGUCGGGGUGUGCAACGUCACAUUGUAUCAACAGGCUUGCCAACCCACGUGUGAUAACAUUACGUCAUCACCAGCUCGCGUGCGCCGCUCGGUGGACGAAGCGAACAGGGAGCCAGACAUACGGCUUGCUAUUGGUCCAUUCCUAAUACGUAACAAUCCUUCUAUGAUGUCACAAAGAGGGCUCGACACCGCCACCAAGCGGUUGGAUCCUGCACUGGUUGAAGAAUCCAAAAUUCGGAUCGAAUACGUCAUAAUGGGCACGAUAGCGGCGAUCAGCGCGAUUUGUAUAUUUGUCAUUUGUGUCGCGAUUUAUCUUCGACGCAGACGACACAGAACAAAGCAUUAUGACGUAGAUAACAGGCUCCCGCGACGUUUCCAUGGAGAUCGGGAGAUUCGAAGUUUAUCGGCGGGAAUCGGAAGGUCUUCCUCCAGCAGCAACAACAUGCAUCUCCCGGGAACAAACUUUUCAUAAUUUUAAUAUUUUCUACCUCGUUUUUACGCGUUUUAUUAUUACGUCACAAUACAAUGUUUUAUACGUGUGUUUACUGAAUCGAUCCCUGUCUCCCCCGCAUUUUAAAAGGUUCGGCGCCUUUGGUUGAGAAUGUAAAGCAAUGGCAAGUUUACGUCUCAUUUUGCGCAAUUGUUCUUAAAGUUUACGACCAGGAUAAAAAUGCGGUCACGAA